AUGACCUUCUUCUCAACCGAAGCUGAGCUAGCGCUCAUGGCGCCUGAUGAUGGCAUGGGCCAUCUGUAUCCGUCCAGCACAUGUCAAUCGCCUCCAAGCAUCAUGUACUCACCACCAAUGCACCACAUGGGACACCGAUCGCCUAUCAUAAUGCCUGGAAACGGAUCAAUGUACAGCACACAAGACUACCGACCCAUGAUGGACUCGCCAUACCCACCUCACACACUCUGGUCAUCACCGCCCUCGGUACCGUUACCCCAGGUAACAUCGUACUCGUACCCUCCAUUCACGGGCAUGGCGUCUCCUCCCAUGCUCGCGCACGACUCUACUCUAUACUCACAAUCAUUCAACGGCUCUCGGCCGUCAAGAUCGCACUCGGCUUCAUCCUCCAUCGGCCAUGGUAUGCCAUCUAGUGUCCCCUCAGAGAGAUCACCUCCUGCGCUUUCACGGUCUCUCUCUCCUUCAUCGCCAGAUCUUCGAGCCUAUGGCAUCCCUAACAAGAACGGCACAUGGAGUUGCGCUUAUCCAGGGUGCACUUCAAGAGCAGUCUUCACUAGGGGAUGCGAUCUAAGGAAACACCACAAGCGGCACACAAAGUCGUUCUUUUGCCGCCACGGCGACUGUCCGCAGUCCACUGGAGGCGGCUUCUCGAGUAAAAAGGACCUUGCGAGACACGAAGCAAAACACAACCCAGGCGUUCUGUGUGACUGGGAAGGAUGCGAUAGGGUGUUUAGUCGCGUAGACAACAUGAGAGACCACGUCAAGAGAAUACAUCUCAAGGCCUCUCGCAAAUCGCCCUCGACUUCUUCUUAGUUGACAUGCCCCACGCCACGUCCGUCCACUUUCCACGUCCACCAAAAUCUCUACCUAAGAGCUUGUCCCGCUUCUGGCUAGUCUUGGCGACGUUAUGGCGUUUGCGAAGCAAUGCCUGCUGCGGGAGGCAUGGAAACAGGGAGCACAUCCACCAGCCAUGCCAUGGGCUAGCUGGCAUACAGUCGCUUUCACUUUCGUUCAUGAUACCCUGGUUUUGCAUGUCUCGUUUUAUAUCUUCUGCGAUUGCAGCUUCUUCUGUACUUUACACAACUGCAUUAUUAUGGCGUUCACCGACUUUAGAGCAUGUGUUGGG